GUCUAACAGGGGGGCUAUUUAAAGGCUAGAGUAUACAAAUGAGUUUUAAGAUGGGACUUAAAUGCUUCUACUGAGGUAGCAUCUCUAAUUGUUACCGGGAGGGCAUUCCCGGUAUAAACAUGUUUUCAGUUAUUUAACCUUUUUUUGUUAAGUACGUAACCCCACAUGUGUUCAUUCAUAGCUUUGAUGCCUUCAGUGACAAUCUACAAUUUAAAUAGUCAUGAAAAUAAAGAAAACUCCGUGAAUGAGAAGGUGAGUCCAAACUUUUGGCCUGUACUGUAUAUUUGCACAACGUAUCGGCUCGGUAUCGCCAAUACCAACCUGAAUUUUACUUGGGAUCGGAAAGAAAAUCAAAACUGAAUCAGUGUAAAACAAACUAACCCUCAUAUGAACUUGAAUAAGAGACAAAGGUGCAUUUAGGUGUCCCCUUUUGGAAUAGGUGUCACCCAAAAUAGUUUGUUUUCAAAACGUCAAGGUUUUUGGCAGCUCUGUACAUCAAAAUAUACACAAAGCAAUCGGAAAGAGGUUAUCUUGUAGUGUUUGGUCCACCAGGUCAGCAAUGAUUCAGCGGGUCAGUGGGACCUGUGUCGCCAGCAGUGGUCCAAAAUAUAGCUCAGUCAUAUACCUGGCUUCAAGCCUUAUCCUGCUUUAGCCCUCACCAGGUCCAAAAUAACUGGACCAUCUCACUACUUUACUGAUAUCAUGUCUGAAAGGAACAACAUGGUUUAGUUCAUAUUGAACACAUGUUUACACCAGCUUGGAAAAGAGACCGGGGUUCAAAGCACGAGUGUUGUUUGUGCGUCCGACUGUGUCAAGGUGUGUGCCACUUACCACAAAUACUACACCGAAGGAAGCGACCAAUUACUGAUGGCUUUCUUCAGACAAACAUGUUAUGAUCCUACUAGCUGGAGGGGAGUUAUGCAAUGCAUGGCCUUGUUUAUCUCCCGGCCUGAUAAGAUGAGCCGUCACCAAGGAGACGGAAGGAACAAAUAAAGGUUUUGGGUGUCAAAACAGGAUAAAAACGCUGAUUAGUGGCGAAACAACCUUCUGAUUGUGAUGAACACAUGUUCUUAACGAGACCCGAGCAUCACAGAUGAGUCAGUGGCCGCCCUAAACAAGCUUGUUUUGCUCGCCAAUCGCUUUGUUCCAAAGUCAAUAUUGACCGCAGACCUUGUGAACCCGCAGCCGCGCACGUCAAGCGGGGUCAAUACUGUUUACCGCGGCUUUGUCACAAAUAUUUUAUACGUGUAGGCGUCCUGUCAAUCAGUAACGCCCUCCGCGGAGGCAUAAAUAGGACUGGACGCCGGGGAGACCGGCAGAGAAAGAAACCCAAAGAUGUGUGGAUUACACCAGAAGAUGCUGCCACUGCUGGCCUUGAUGGCGGCAGCGGCCAGGUCGUCCCCGAUGGUUGGACCGGAGCCCAUCCGCUGCGCCCCGUGCACUCAGGAGAAACUGAACGAGUGUCCCGCCGUCCCCGCCGACUGCAGGCAGGUGCUGAGGGAGCCCGGCUGUGGCUGCUGCAUGGCGUGCGCCCUAGAGAGAGGGAGCUCCUGCGGGGUGCACACGGCCCACUGCGCUGAGGGCCUGCGCUGCACGCCCAGGCCCGGGGAAGCCAGGCCUCUGCACGCUCUGACACGGGGCCUGGGGGUCUGCACUGAGGAGCUGGCCCAAGAGGACACUGAAGGGGUCUCGGACCACAGCUCUUUGCAGUACCUUCUCGGGGACACCGCCGAGCCCCAGGAGAGCUUCAAGGCCAAAGUAAACGCCAUUCGGAACAAGCUGGUGCAGCAGGUGAGAGGACAAAACAUUUUUUAUUUUACCUUCCCGUCGCUAACUUGCCCGCUUUGUCCACAGGGCCCGUGCCACAUCGAGCUCCACGCCGCCCUGGAGGUCAUAGCCAGCGCCCAGCAGACCCUGGGGGAAAAGUUCACCACCUUCUACCUCCCAAACUGUGACAAGCACGGCUUCUACAAGGCCAAGCAGUGUGAGUCAUCGCUGGUCGGACCACCCACUCGCUGCUGGUGCGUCUCCUCCUGGAACGGGAAGGUCAUCCCAGGAGCCAGCGAGCUCCCCGGUGACGCCGAAUGUCACCAGGAAGUCACUCACUAACACGUUCAUGCAGGAAUUGUAAAUUAUUUUAUGUACGAAGAUUUAUUUAUUCAUUCCUUGUAUAUUCUCAACAUAUUUUUAAGUUUUGCUGUUUUUCUCCUGUUCAAUUGUAAAUAGGGCAGCACUGUCUACAUUUGUAUUCCUGACUAAAUAACUCCAUUCCUCACAAACCACAGCUCCACGGCCCUGCCAAGCCCAUUUCAGGGUUUUUUUUUUUUUCUUUCUUUCAAAUGUGGAGCGCGGCGGUGCACGCCACCACCAAACAACACAGCCGCUCAUUCAUGCAACAUGUUGACAUUGUCUGAAAGCAUCUUCAUUUCCUCAAUGGGGGAUACUUUGAGCACCGCAAGUAUGUGCACGUUGGCCAAACGCAAACAAAUCAAGGCUCAUCCGAGCUGCCUGCCAGCUUCUUCUGACAUGGCCUCUUCUUACAUUUGUCUACCUCAGAUCACCUCUACAGUUGUUUUUUUUUUACUUUUUCCAACAUUUAUUCUAUUUAUUAUUAUUAUUUACUCUUGUGUAUCUGAUGUUUUCUGUGUUCCAUUGUUUGUUUAAAUGUAUAAUAUAAACUACUGUGCAAACA